AUGGCAUGCCUCUCGAGAAUUGACGCGAAUCUGUUGCAAUAUUAUGAAAAAACUAAACCCAAUAACAUCGUUGAUUUAAAUAUCAGUAAUUGUGAUAAUAAGAACAGAUUGAAGGACGGAGAAAGAUCAAUUGCCACUUCGCUUUCACAACCCUCUGGAAGCGAAUAUUCUAACUGCCUGCUCUUGAGUAAUUCAGAAUAUAUUUGUUAUCAUGUUUCUUCAAAAUCAACAUUAUUGACAUUCUAUCCUUUGAGUGACGCAUAUAAUGGUAAAACAAUCAAUGUUCACUUACCAAGUGCUUCUAUGAAUCAGAGGCAUACUCUAACGAUACACGAGGUAAAGCAACAAUUGCUGGUUAAUGUUAUCUUGAAGGACGGUUCGUUUUUAACGUUAAGACUACCCCUAAGUUUUUUGUUUUCAUCAGAUUACACUCUCACCGGAGAGUGGUUUCAUAUUCAGAACCCCUAUGAUUUUACAGUUAGAGUUCCUCAUUUCCUAUACUUUGUAUCGCCCGAGUUUUCGGUCGUUUUUUUGGAAGAUGGUGGUCUGCUGGGUUUGAGAAAAAUUGAUGACUUACACUACGAACCUUUACUAUUCAACGACAACUCUUACUUGAAAAGUUUAACGAGACUAUUUUCCAGAAGUUCUAAUUCCGAUUAUGAUGGCGUCGUUAGUUGCAAAUUAUUCCGCGAAAGAUACUUGAUUGUCUUGACUCGGAAUUGCCGUUUGAAAAUUUGGGACCUAACUUCAUUUACGCUCAUACAAGAUUAUGAUAUUGUUUCACCACCAGAUUUAGAUUCAAGCCAUGUCGGAAAAGUGGAAGCGGUCGGAGAAUAUCUUUCAUUAUAUAACAAUACUUUGGUUACACUGUUGCCUCUAGAAAAUGGGCUUUUUCAAACAGGUACCUUGUUGGUCAAUUCAAAUGGUGUUUUGACUUACACAUUCCACAAUAAUAUUCCUACUAAUCUUUCUGCUUCUGCCAUUUGGUCAAUUGUGGAUCUGGUUCUAACAAGACCAUUGGAGUUAAAUGUCGAGGCUAGUUAUCUAAACCUGAUUGUUUUGUGGAAGAGUGGUAGCGCCAGCAAAUUACAGAUAUUAAAUAUAAAAGAUGAAAGUUUCAAAAACUACGAAUGGAUAGAGUCCGUUAAUAAGUCUUUGGUAGAUUUACAAUCCGAGCACGAUUUGGAUAUCGUGGCAAAAACUGGAGAUAUCGAAAGAGGUUUAUGUAAUCUAAAAUCAAGAUAUGGUGCCCAAAUCUUCGAACGUGCACAAAAAAUAUUGAGUGAGAAUAAAAUUAUUAUGUCUCAUAACGAAGAUGAGGAAUAUUUGGCCAACUUAGGAACGAUAUUAAGAGAUGUGAAAACCGCAUUCAAUGAAGCUUCUUCUAUAACUCUUUAUGGUGAUGAAAUUAUUCUUGUUAAUUGUUUUCAGCCAUAUAGUCAUUCCUUUUACAAAUUGAAUACUACUGUGGAAAAUUGGUUUUAUAACAUGCAUUCUGAAACUGAGGGUUCCGAGCUGUUUAAAUAUUUAAAAACACUGAAUGGUUUUGCCUCUACACUGUCAAAUGAUGUAAUUAGAUCGAUCUCUAGGAAAUUUCUGGAUAUAAUAACCGGAGAGAUGCCUGAUUCUAUGUCUAUUUCUGAAAAAUUUACAGAUAUUUACAAGAGUUGUUUAGAAAAUCAAUUUGAAAUGGCAAAUCUAAAAAUUCUUUUUGAUGAAUUGAACUCUUUCGAUAUCUUAGUUGUCUUAAAUGAUCUGAUUAAUAACCAAAUGAAGCCCGGCAUAUUUGGGAAGAAAGAUUUCAUUUCCUCAAUCAAGUUUGAUGGUUUGACAAGUAUAAUUUCCUCAGAAUCCCUGCACCAGCUACUCUCUGUACAUUAUCGAAUUACCUUGCAAGUACUGUUAACAUUCAUCCUGCUGGAAUUCGAUACCAACGUUUUUGGGCAACAUUUAUCCACUUUACUGGAUUUGCAUUAUAAGCAAUCUUUAUUGUUACACCUCUAUAGACAAGACAAGUUUUUGUUGACGAAGGUCCUUUUAAAGUAUUCAUCCGAGUACUCAUACGGCGUCAAAUUUUUCAACUAUGGCCAACUCAUUUCCUACAUUGAUUCUUUAAACUCAAAUGUCUAUAACUCCUCUGUUACUGAGAACUCAUUCUUCUUGGCGUUUUUCGAAACAUAUGUUAUUGAAAAUUCCUCUCAUAGAGAUACGAGAUUCUUCUUGGAGAACGUUGAACGUCCGUUUUACGUGCGUCACAAUGAGGUGCAAGAAUUUAUGUUUGCCAUGACAUUAUUCAAUUGUGGUAAAUUUGAUCAAUCUUAUGAAAUAUUUCAAUUACAUGAUUAUCCGGAAGCUAUUAAUGAUCUAUUACCUACAUUUCUGGAAGACCUCAAGAGUGAGAAUUACCGUGGUGCUAGUAUAUGGAAAAAUCUUUUGCGUACUUUUGAAGUUCCCUAUAGACAUUCUGCGUUCUAUUAUCAAUUAUCUCUUCUAUUCGAUAAAAAUAACAGUCAGGAAUUUGCCUUGAAAUGCAUAUCCAAAUCAGCAGAGUAUUCACUAAGAGAAAUCCAAAUAGAGGAACCACAAGAGUUUAAAGAAAGACAGCAUAUUCAUUAUUUAAAUCUUCUAAUCCAUUUCAAAAUGUUUGAAGAGGUCCUUGACAUUUUGAGAUUGGGUCAUGAGUACCUUUCUGAUACAGUAAGAACGGAAUUUUUCCAACUACUACUAGAAAAGGAUCUAUAUUCACAAGAUUUUUUCAGCACACUUUUACGCUUAUGUGAUUCCUAUGCGAAGAAUGGGGCGCUAUUUCUUCCUACAGUAGAUAUCAAAAUAGUGGAUAGCGUCUUGUCACAAAAUUUAGGAGGCAGCGAAUGGGAGUGCUUUAAAAAGGUUUACUGCUUUAGGAUGUUAAACAAGAGCGAAAGAUCUGCUGCGGAAGUACUAUAUCAAUAUGUGUUGAUGCAAUCUGAUCUUAUUGUAAUCGAAAAGAAAAAAUGUUAUUUAAUGAUCAUCAACGUUUUAUCCAGCUUCGAUAGUGCAUAUGACCAAUGGAUCUUGAACAGUAAUAGAGUGGUAACUUUAACUGACUUGAGGGACGAAUUGAGGAAUCUAUAA